AUGGAUAGCCCGGAGUUCUCUCCCGAACCUUUCGAAGAAGACGACGUUGAUUCCAAGAAGCCUGGCGAGUCGUCGACAGCCAAGAAACCAAGAACGAAAGCACUAGGCCGCACGAGAACUAAGUCAGGGUGUUUGACAUGUCGAAAACGACGAAUAAAGUGUGGCGAAGAGCGACCAACAUGUCACAACUGCACCAAAUCCAAACGCAAAUGCGAAGGAUACAUCAAGCAAGUAGUCUUCAAAGAUCCUAUCAACACUUACAAACCACCGGUAUCUUCAGCGGCAACUCUGGCGGCAAAGGCGCAUCAGUCCGCUGCUCGUCGCAAUGCCCAGCCUCAGGAGUUGACGAUCAUCCAAACACCUCUUACUGCCAUUCCAAAAUCAUCAAGCGGAAAGGCAUCUAAGCAGUCUGCUAAGUCUACAGCUACAUCUUCAAGGAUUGUAUCGGAUUCUGUGCCCAAACGGAGCGGAAGUUACCAGCAGCCCUUCCAAAACAGCGCUUCCAGAGACAACUUCGCCGAUGGCGGGCCGUCCUUUGCCUCCCACGAAGUCAGCGCCGACACUGUUGAUCGAUCUCAUGUCCCAGAACCCGGAUAUCAUCAAUUCAAAAAGGACCCGACCGGCCUUCGACAAAGCGCAUCACCGAUCAAGCAGGAGCCUGGUGGUAGAUCCACCAGAAAUCCAAUUCAAACUAGCCCUGAGCACCAACAUUCGGUGUUUGGUGCAUCUCUCACAGGUCAACAAUCAUUUCAAGAUCACAACGACCGUUUCCCAGCGUCUUCGUUGUCGAACUUCUACCCACCUUAUCAAUCCACGGAAUGGGUCGCAGCACAGGACAGCCGAUCGGCUUCCAGCAGUGCACCCUCUCCUGCGCAAGCACAAGAUCUAUCGAGUCCACGAGGUGGGAGUGUAGAUCAAUCGCGGUCUUCAGAAGAAAGAAUGCUUGCUGGAGCCGUUUGGGCAAUGCGCGAUAAGCAGCGUGAUGCGACGAUGUACUCCAAUUACCAACCCGAUGACCACAUCGCUCCACAAUCAAGCAUCCAAGUCUACUCUCAGGAUGAAGAUAUGGAAGAUGACGACGAAGAUCCAUGGGAUGUUUCUGACGAUGACACGUCGGUCACUGGCUACGAUGAAUACGGUCGGGAGGAACAUCACAACCGGCAUCUUCGAGACAACGAUCUUGGAGCCCAGGUUGUAUUCGCUUUAAAGAGUGGCCAAUCCUUUCAGGAUGUUCAUCCACGAUCUAUCAUGGACUUUAUCGAUCGUCCAAAUAUGCUGGCCACGUAUGUGCCGUCCUUCCAAGCUACUCCUUUGAGUGAUCCGAUCACAGCCAGAAUCUUCUGUCACUUUGUAAACGUUACAGGACCUUGCAUGUCUAUGUUUGAAAGACAUCCUGCAAACCCAUCCUUGAUCUUCCAAGGUCGACCGAUACCUGCAUCUCAGCAACACAUAUGGACUUACACAUUUCCAACUCUCGCCUUGCAGAACUCGGCGCUACUGCACGCUAUGCUGGCGUUAGCGAGUCUACAUAUCGCGAAACUCCAAGAUGGUCCCGUCACCGCUUCGUUGAAACACUACGCUAUCGGCCUACGAAGAGUUGGAAAAUUAAUCAACCUUCCCAACAGACAAAAAGAGCCGGCAACUCUUGCGGCGGCUCUGUUGCUAGCUUUCUACGAGUGUUGGUGUGCGGAUCAUCAAAAAUGGAGCAACCAUAUCCUCGGAGCGAGGCAGCUUCUGCGUGUCAUUGAUUUUGCGGGCAUGUCAAGAUACAUCAAGGAAGCCAAGAGACAACGGGAACGGGAACAAAAUAUGUAUUACCGGCAACAGCAGGCCCUAGGCCAUAACCCUUAUGACUCUAGAUUUCAACAGCCAGCAAAUCUCGGUGAAAUAAAUGAGGAUAUUGUGGGCAGGCUGAUGGGCACUAGUAUCCCAUACAACGAUUACUCGCGUGUGAUGGACUCGAAUUCGCAGGACGAUACGUCAAAUUACUCGCAGAAGGAACUUGAUGACUACGAGAUACAAAGAGAUCUCUACUGGUGGUAUUGCAAACAAGACGCCUAUCAAGGUGUUCUUGGUGGAGGCAGACUUUUCAUGGACUACAGACUCUGGGCUUUCUGUCCUCCAAGAGCUCCAAUUGGCCGACUUAACGCAACUUACGGAACAUAUGACCAUCUAAUGCUUCUAUUUGGCCGUCUGGCCAGCUUUGCAGCUAAAGACGCAAAAAGAAAGCGUCUAGCAAUAAAAGCCAACGGUGGUUGGAGACCUCCACCAGGCAUGUCCGGUUCUGGCGACCAAACCAGUCAACAAGGACCACCGCCAUCUCAACGAGGACCUCCACCACAAGGACCAGGCUUCCCAGGAAUGGUUCCAGGCGUAACAGAAGCGCAACUCCCCAUGGGCUUCUCCCAAUCCACCGGCCACAACUCGGGCUCCUCCUCCCCCCACUCCUCCGGCAGCGAAGAAGUAGAUCUAGGCCAACAACUCCACGAUGCCCUCGAAGAAUGGCAAGACAUCAUCAACGCCUUCUCCCUUCUCUCAUCCCACUUCGGCGAGGACUUCGCAGCACUUGGCCCUGAAUUCUCCGCCCCGAUCCAAACACCUUUCGGCCCAGCCCUGCAAUACAGAACCUAUGGUAUCGCGGGCAUCUGGAUGAACUUCUACAUGGCACUCAUCGCCUGUCACCGCGCUCACCCUUCCAUGCCUCCAGCAGCCAUGAUGGCCGCCGGUAUUGCCGCGCGCGAAACCGCACAGUACGCCAACGAAUUGGGUCGAAUCGCCGCGGGGAUCUAUCCAGACAUGGAGACCGCCACGGCUGUGAACCCAGGUGUUGGAGCCGCGCUGAUAGAAAGCGCAACACCGCUCUUCAUCUCUGGCGUCCAAUACCAAUCCCCCGCCCAACGCGCCUACAUCAUCACCCACCUGCACACCGUCGCCCGUCUCACAGGCUGGCAAACCGCCCUCGCCAUCGCUAACGGCUGCGAAACAUGCUGGAUCAAAACCGCCGAGAUAGGACGCGGACCCCCUUACACACGUCUUGAAGACCAGAUCCCCCAUCUUGCGACGCCGGCGCGGCCGUUCCCGCCACAGAGCGCGGUUCGGUUGAGUAGUUUCACGCCGCAGAUGCCUGGGGAGAAGGAUACGACUGCCGGGCUGUCGGCGGGAGGAAGGGGGAAUACGGAUAUUUGGAAUACCGGGCGCAGGAUUGAUAGGGCGUUUUUGGGGAAGAGUGAACUUGAGAGGAGGGGACUGCUGAAGGAGGGCGGGAGGGUGCACUAUGCGUUGGGUGUGCUGGGCGUGGAGAGCGAUUUUGAGGGGUUGGGGUUGGAGGAUGGGGGGGGAGGAGAGGGAGGGAGAUGA